AUGGGGAGGCGCAGCGGCCAGACGUUUGGUGCGGUGGAGGGGCAGAGCUGCGGCCUGGGGCCAGCGGGGCACUGGCUCACCCCCGUGUGCCGGGACCUGGGACCAGGCCCGGGAAAAGCGGCUCUCCAGCAGCACGGCCCCGGGAACAAGACCGCCUGGGAGGCCGCCCAGCCCACCCGCAGACCAGGCCUCCCGCCGCGCGCCCUGAGGCCGGGGAGGCCUGCGCUUUCCCUAGAGAAGGUGGAGGGAGCCCGCGGGCACCCCGAGGCAGCGCGCGGUCGGCGGGCCCUCAGAAGUCCGGGACACAGGAGCCGCAGCGCCGCGGCCGCGGCCUCUCUCACCUGCGCCGCGGCCCGCGGGCGGGGGCGGGGCGGGGGCGUGGCCGCCGUGGACCCCGCCCCCCCGGGCACCUACCCCGCCGGCCCGGGCCUCGGGCCCCCGACUCCCCGCCGCCGCGCCGUCGACGCUCGGUCCGCGCCCAUGGCCGGGAAGGCGCUGUCGCUGCUGCCGCCGCUGCUGCUGGCCGCGGCGGGCCUCGCCGGCCUCCUGCUGCUGUGCGUCCCCACCCGCGACGUCCGGGAGCCGCCCGCCCUCAAGGUGCGCGCUCCACUCCCCGCGCGGCGGGCGGGCGUCCCGGGCCCCAAACCCGCGCUCCGGCCCCGGUAUGGCAUCAUCCUGGACGCCGGCUCCUCCCACACGUCCAUGUUCGUCUAUAAGUGGCCGGCGAACAAAGAGAACGACACCGGCAUCGUGGGCCAGCACAGCUCCUGUGACGCGAGCGGCGGGGGCAUCUCUAGCUAUGCUGACAACCCUUCUGGGGCCGCGCAGAGUCUUGUGGAAUGCCUGAACCAGGCGCUUCGCGAUGUCCCCAAGGAGAGACAUGCGGGCACGCCCCUCUACCUGGGCGCCACAGCGGGCAUGCGGCUGCUCAAUCUGACCAGUCCAGAGGCUUCGGCCAACGUGCUCGCGGCCGUGACGCAGAAGCUGACCCAGUACCCCUUUGAUUUCCGUGGUGCCCGCAUCCUCUCGGGCCAGGAUGAGGGGGUGUUUGGCUGGGUGACCACCAACUACCUGCAGGAGAACUUCAUCAAGUAUGGCUGGGUAGGCCGGUGGUUCCGGCCAAAGAAGGGGACGCUGGGGGCCAUGGACCUGGGGGGCGCCUCCACCCAGAUCACCUUCGAGACAGCCAGCCCAGCUGAGGACCCAGCCAACGAGGUCCAGCUGCGGCUCUAUGGCCAGCACUACCGCGUCUACACCCACAGCUUCCUCUGCUACGGCCGCGAACAGGUCCUCCGGCGGCUGCUGGCCAGUGUCCUCCAGAACCACGGCUUCCACCCCUGCUGGCCGAAGGGCUAUUCCACUCACGUGCUGCUCCGCGAUGUGUACGAGUCGCCGUGCACCGCAGCCCAGCGGCCCCAGCCCUUCAACAGGAGCGCCAGGGUCCGCCUGUCGGGAAGCGGUGACCUUGCCCUGUGCCGUAGCCUUGUUGCUGAGCUCUUCAACGUCUCCUCCUGCCGCUUCUCUAGAUGCUCCUUCAACGGCAUCUUCCAGCCCCCUCUGGCUGGGAAGUUCAUCGCCUUCUCUGCUUUCUUCUACACGGUGGACUUCCUGAGAACUGCGAUGGGGCUGCCUGUGGAAACCCUGGAGCAACUAGAGGCAGCGGUGGUCACCGUCUGCAACCAGACGUGGAGAGAGCUGCAGGCUCGGGCCCCGAGGGAAGGCGCCCGCCUGCCCGACUACUGCGCCGCAUCCACGUUCGUGCAGCAGCUGCUGAGCCGCGGCUACGGCUUCGACGAGCGCGCCUUCAGAGGCGUGGCCUUCCAGAAUAAGGCCGGAGACACCGCGGUGGGCUGGGCGCUGGGCUGCAUGCUGAACCUCACCAACCUGGUCCCCGCCGAGCCGCCGGGGCUGCGCAAGGGCACAGACUUCAGCUCUUGGGUCGUCCUCCUGGCGCUCUUCGGCGCCAUGCUCCUGGCUGCGUUCGUCCUGCUGCUGUGCCAGGCGCGCUUCACCAAGUCGCUGAGCAUCGUCUAGGGCUGGGCUGGGGGCAGCCGCCCUAGCCGCACGCACCCCCCGUCCCCGUAGCCCCCAAUCCCGCACCCACCCCACCCUCAACAUCUCUGUUCCUAAUGCAGCCCGGGAGCAGCACUCUAGCUUCCACGCCCACAUUUGGCCGGGCCGGGUGAAAGGAACGGAACCCAGCCCCCUCCGGCCGCGUCCAGCCUUGGCUUCACCUCAAGGCCUUGGGCGCCUUCUCCUCUCACUGGGGUGGGGGAUUCAGACAC